AUGGACCACAAGACAAGAGAUGCCCUAGGAAUCAAUAUUAUCAUGAAUGUACUAGUGAAUGUCCACCCAAGUCUUGUGAGAACAUUAUGGAAGUAGGCUUAUAAUUAUUGCCAUUUAUUAGGUAGCAAAUGACUUUGAUAUGUAAUAGAUACCUAGCUAUAACUAAAAUAAAGCUUUCCGAAGUCUUCAUAGCUUAUCGAAGGAAACUAAAAACAAAACUAUGAUUUAGGUAUCACCCUGCGUGUCUAUUCACUGUGGUUUACCAAAAUGCGAAUGUAAACACGGGUAUGUCCUCCAAACAUCCAAGGAUCCCAAAAAAGGUUGCGUUCGCCGAGAAACGUGUCUAG